GAAGGUACAUUCCCCAUCCCCUACAUUCCCCUCCAAGACACUGGCCUCACUCUGUCACGCCUCACCUGCCUGUCACCAGAACCUGUUCAGGCGGAACCUCUACCGUGUUCCAACAUGGCGUUUCCCGACCUGCAACUUUGUGGCUGAUGGUCCGGUGGCCGGAGGUUGGGUGAGCAUCCCGCUCUUUGUCCUGCGGUGGUGAGUCCAAAGUGAGCAUCACAUCGCUGUCAGUGAGUAACUCACAUUGCCCUACUGGCUGACAACCUUUCGCGAGAAAGCCAAGUGUACAGAAAAGGAAGAAGUGAUACAAAGAUAUCCACAGACCGUGGGACACAGUCCUGUUUGUUCUCGGACUUGCCAUUUGCCUUUUCAUGUUUUGCAUUAGGAAAAGUUAAAUAUUUAAACUUUCUUAAAAUAGAUCGUGAAUUGUGAGAAGACGGCGUCAGUGCCGUUGUGUGAUCCGAUGGAUUAAAACUUCUCCAUCAUUGAACACAUUGCACAGACUGGAUCCUGAGGGACAAGGGAAGUGAGAAGAGCGUUGACGACGAUGGAGAAGUCUGGCAGACCCAAGUGGGUUACAAGCUUCCAGGAAUCGCCGUUAGUCUCUGCACCAGACUUCUGGAACUCGUCCCUGAACACCAGAAAGCACCCGUCUGACCCAGCAGGGUACAAGGGGACAGCCCAGCACGAGACAUCGAGCACGGCCAGCCACUCAUCCUCAACAUCAACGGUUUCUUCAGAGCGCAUGCGCGCCAGACGAGUCGUCCUUUUCAUUAUCCUCGUCAUUGCCGCCUUUCUCGUGGCCAUCCUCGUGGGACUUCUCGUCUACUUCCUCUUCAUGACAGAUAGACCACGCCACAGGACAGAGUGGCUGGAGUGACAGGGUCUGUGCGGCUUCUGAAUGUCACCUACAGCGACUCCAUGGCCAACGUGUCCUCAGGCGCCUUCUUUGAUGUCGCCGACCCCUUCUGUCGCGAG